AUGAGACCCAACUAUAAUCAUGUCUUCUGGAAAGAAAGAUUCUUAGCAGGGUUACCCCCUCUCUUUGCUGAAAGAGUUAAAACUCAUCUUAGGAACAUUCAUGGAGGGACUUAUGACUUAACCCAUUACUCUUAUGGUAGUCUCAUAAAUGAAAUUACCAAAGAAGGAUUAGCCCACUAUAAUGACAUGAACUUAAGAAAUCAGCUUAAGAAGCAAAGACGGACUGGUAAGAAGGGAGUGGGGCAGUUCUGCCAACAGUUUGGAUAUAACUUGAGAAUGCCAAAACCAAAUUCCUCUUCUAAGAAAGAAAAAUUCUUUAAGAAAAGAAACUUUUAUAAAAAGCCUCAUAAAUUUAUUCCUAGAAAAGAUAAACAUGUCUCUACAUCUUAUAAGCAAAAAUCUUUCCCUAGGUGGGGUGCUAAAUGCACCAGAGCGACCAAAGAUCAAGCCAGGCCACGAAAUAGACAACCCGGCAAACAAAGAAUUAAUCAAUUAGCCAUUCCUGACAAUGAUAAAGCCGAACUUCUCAAAAUCUUAUCUGAAGAUUUUGAAAUCCAAUCCCAUACUUCUGAUGAGGAUAAUAUCCAUAUCAAUGAAUCCUCUUCCUCCUUUGAACCUCAAUCCGAGUGUGAGAAAAGCAAGUGUGAAUUUGAUUAUUAUAAAGCCAUCAUAAAAAUGAAUGGAUUAAGCAUUAACACUCUUACUCAAAAUGAAACUUUUAUGCUAGACUUGAUAGAUACUAUUGCCGAUCCACAAGCCAAACAAGAAGCAAUAGAGAGACUUAUUAGUCUUCAAAAGGAUAAAACCUCUAGGGAUUUUAAAACAGAUCCAAAAGAGAUAUCUGCAUCUCCCGCCCAUACUCUAAGAGAGGUCUUAAAUAGAACCACUCCACCCAAACCUGUAACUUUAGAAGAUUUAAAGCAAGAGGUUAAUAACCUAAAAUCUGAAACAAAAUCCCAUAGAACCUAA